UCUGCACAUAGAUCACUUUUAAGAAUCUGCGAGUGCGAUGUCUGAUGCGAUAUUAAUUUGAUUACAUCGGUGUUAUGAAUUCCAAAUAAGUUUAAAUUCUGUUACAGAUUAUUUUAUUAACAUUUUACGAGACAUUACAUUUUAUUGUUCGAAAAGUUUUCAUUCGAAAUUGCUGUCAUGUGAAUAAAAUAAAGAAUUCAGAAUCAACAAAUAGAUUUGACCAAAUGCUGGCAAACAACAAAAACAGGAACCUGGCACCAGGACUGUAUACAUAAAUAAUAUACAAUAUGAAACAAUUGGCAGCAUGGUACCAAAAAAAAAUAAGCUCCUAUGACAAAGAAGAAUGGGAGACCAUGGUCGAACAACUAUUGAUGCGAGGCACAUACCGCCGACGUAUCGUAGACUUUUCAUCGCACGCGCGUUCGUAUCUCAUAGACGUUGAUUUAGUAAGAGGAUCAUCGUUCCCGAAAGCGAAGCCCACCCUGGGAAUGCGCCGGGUUGUUUGGUUCGCUCUAGUCAGACUAGUGUUCCUACCCGCACUGUUCCAAUGGUGGGCUCAGCAGACGUCACCAGCUUGUGCCAAAUUCCUAUUAACACUAUGGCUCUUACAAGUACUGAAUAUAUCUCUUUACCUCAUGUCACCAGAUAACUUGGAUGUUGACCCAAAUUGCUGGUUGGUGCCAUUAGGCUUAAUGCUGGUGCUGAGUAUGGUGCAUUCACAAAUAGUUAGUACGACGGAAAUGGAAAUUGCUAGAGUACGUCCCCGUUCCACUUAUCGACGGAAACUGCCGCGAUAUUUCAGACGACCACGGUCAGAAUGUGACGGCGGCAGUGCGGGUGGUUCCGCCGAAAGUGGUGCUACAUCUAGCCAAAGUAAGACUCCUACCACAAAACCCUCCAAAUUCAGGCGCCGACAGUCCAGAAGUGAACUAAGUGACAAUGGACUCAGAAAACGCAAGAAAGAACUGCCAAAGGAAAAUGUUAGCACACCUCUUGAACCGACCGCGAAAAAUAAAGCGAUAGUCAAACUUAAAGCCAAAGAUUCGGACGACGAAGACUAUAUGGCUUGGAAGAAACCGGAUAUAAACACUCCCAUAGUAACGUUCACCCCACCGCCGGACGAUGCUACACCUAGUUCCUCCUUUAGAUAUAAGUCUAAUAUAUUGACUAAAAAGCAUUUAGAAUCUUUUAAUGUAAGACAAAAUCAGCAUAGGGCGUUAUUCGCUGACGGUGACGACGGCUUCGAAAGCCUCAACGGUUACAACUCGAACGGGAGCGACGGAGACAACAGGGUAAAAAUCUUACAGGCCAGACUUUCUGGUAAUAAAAUAGUUAGUAACGAAAGGAAUGAGGUGACAGCAAAAGAUGAUUCGGCCAAUGACGUUGACAAAACACCGAUUGACAAAGUUGAAGAGAACUCCACAACAACCGCCAAAGCAAACGUUUUAAAGACAGAGAACGAUGAGAAAUCGAACGAACCAGACUCUGAUGUUAAUGUCACUGACAGUCCUAAUAGAGGAAAGCGAAUCGGUGUACGUUUCAGAAGCUCGUGGAUACCAGAGAACGUGCGAAACGAAUCAAGUGACGAUGAUUUUGCUAACGUUAAGAAUAAGCAAAAGAAAAUUGAGACUUUCCAAACGUCGUCAUCCGAUGGAGAAUGUUCUGCUUCUGCGCCAUCGAUCGCUCUGCCAUCCCACCACACUAUGUCUGACUGGGUUGGCCAAACUACUAACAGUGAGGAGAGUAGUUACUGUUCACAAUCCGAAGGGGGUAAUUCUGACGUGGGCUUCCAUUACGCCGCGGAUAGCUCCUGGGAUCCGUUCGCCUUACUAGACCCUACAAGCGAUACAGUGAAAUGCACAAUGUGGGAACGAGGUUCAACUCUACGCGCUGAGCUGUCGGCCGUCGACAUUAGUUGGUACGUGGUGGCGCGCGCCGAGCGAGCCAUGGCCGCCGAAGGCUGCGUCUGGGCGGGUCUGGCUAUGGCCACCAUCGUCGCGUUACUCACGCCCGCAAUACGACUCACGCAGUUGGCCAUAGAUCAAGACACGAGAACAGAAGAAGAGACGCAAUCAAUGACAAUUUUCUUGUACAUAAUAUCUGUCGUCGUCAACUACAGCAAGGGCUCUGUUUUAUAUAUACUCUACGGAGCGUUCGGAGAUAAUGCUUGGGAAUUGAUGACGAAUAUAAUAUCAUGCAUCCUGCGUUUCGCUCUAAGCGGCCUCAUGUUCUUCCUACUGGCCGUUGCAGAACGUGCCUACAAACAGAGGUUCCUAUACGCGAAACUGUUCUCUCAUCUGACGUCGGCGAGACGGGCCCGGAAAUCGGAGCUGCCACACUUCAGACUCAACACGGUCAGGAACAUCAAGACUUGGCUUUCGACUCGUUCUUAUUUACGGCGCCGUGGCCCUCAACGUUCUGUAGACGUCAUAGUGUCCGCUGCCUUCAUGCUCACAUUGAUUUUGCUUGCAUGCGUCAGCGCUCACUUAUUGCGGGAUUCGGUGACGUUAGAAGAAGGAUGGCUGUUCGAAGCGAUGGUUUGGAUUUGCUGUCUCGGGAUAUACUUGAUGCGUCUGAUCACGUUGGGCAGUAACGUCAACAAAAAGUACCGAGGCUGUCUGUCGGCCAUUCUCACAGAGCAGAUCAACUUGCAUCUAGCCAUAGAACAGCGACCGGAGAGCAAAGACCAAUUGACUGUGGCCAAUAACGUACUCAAAUUAGCCGCCGAUCUGCUGAAGGAACUAGACGCGCCUUUCAAGAUAUCCGGUAUAUGUGCUAAUCAUUAUUUGUACACCGUAUCGAAAGUUGUGAUAUUGUCCGCCCUGUCGGGUGUUCUAUCCGAGAUGCUGGGUUUCAAAUUGAAAUUACACAAAAUCAAAAUCAAAUAGACGCUUAGAAUAGAUCUCUUUUGUAGCUUACAAAUAUGUAUGUUUAUUACUUACGUUCGUAAAAUAAGUUAUCUUAUUUUGUUGCCAUACGUAAAAAAUAAUACGCCAGACCAUAUUAUUUUUAUAAUUCAUAAUAAUAAUUAUGAGAGGACAGACUUAUGUUAAAUGAGCGUUUACGAAAUUAAAUAAGGCAUUAAGAAGUCAAUAUAGAGUAACUAAAAUAGCAAGUCGAACUAGAAACUAACCAUUUGUUUUUAUCGCGAUGACCUUGGUCUAUUGUUACGCCAAACUAAUAAAAUUGAUACAUUGUCAUCGUUUCUUGAUAACGAGUAAAGAUUUCUAUGUUAAUAGCCCGUCUAUAAGUAGUUGAAAAUUAUCUUUAUAAGGAAUUCUUUGUUCAUACAAAGAAAAGAAAAGACUUAGAAAUAUUAAUUUUUUUUAGUUAUACUACUAUUCUAUAUUAAAUUUCAAAUAAAAGGUAAUAUCAGGUCCGUAUUUCGAAUUACAGACCCGCGUCCUAGAGUGACUAGGUAUGUAGAGAUUGUAGUAUCUUUAUGAAUAAGGUGCAAUAUAAAUAUUUGUAUCGUCUUAAAACACGUUUGGAUUCAAUGGUAUCUGAUUUUUUUUUUGGCCAAAAUUAAAUGAACUUGAGCAGUACUUUUUAUAUCCUAAAAUAUUUUAUGUGCAGUGAUGUAAUAAAACCAAAAAUGGUUCCUUAGCUUAAUCUAUUUGACGGCACCGCUAAAAAUUGAAAUUGUAAAAUUUUUGAUUUUUCAAUCAUACAAAAAGUGUGUCCAUCUUUAACAUUUUUACAACAAUUAGUAAUGUGCGGAUUGCAGCUUAAUAAAUAAUAAAGUAUACCUAUGAAAUAUAAAUUGAAAAGUGCAGAAUAGCGCAGAUUUUUUUACAUGACCAUUCGUUAAAUUAGGACUUAAAAUCAUUGCAGUGUAUAAAAUAGAUUAGGCUACUUAAUAAUGUAAGUGAUCAAAUCAAAGUAUUGCCAUUUUAAAUUUUUUCUGAUGAAUCUAUUAAGUUGAUCUCAUGAAAAGUGAUACAAAAAUAGAAUAGAAUUUUAAAACUAUUGCAUAGUGAGUGCAUAAUACUAUUAUUAUAUUUAAUGAAUUUAAAUAAUGAAAAGCAUUAUUCAUAUUAUUUAUAUUAAUGGUUUUACAUUAAUUAAUUUAUUAGUUUUUGGUGUAAUUGCUUAUACAAAUAAAAAUUUCUUAUUUCCAAUUUACAUUUUGAUGACAUGAACACGAUUAGUAUUGCGUUUUACAGUCAACUAACUAGAUGAUGAUGAUCUUGUUGUGUCUAAAGCGGUUAGUUGGCCUCAAUUAAGAAAAAUAGUAUUAUUAUUCGCCAAUAGAUGUCGGGAAGAGUUGAUUAUUGAAAACACGAAUAAAACAACAUUUUCUGAAAAUAAAUCGUAGCUAGAUCGAUUUAUCGCCCCCGCUAUCCCCUGUAUAAUAAAUUUUAUGAAAAUCGUUGGAGCCGUUUCCGAGAUUCAGAUUAUAUAUGUAUAAGAUUAUAUUGUUAACUAGUUGCAUCCAGUUGGCCUGACAGUCGUCUUACAGUCAGUAAGAAGUUCAAUAAACGGUCAUCGUUUUAUCAAUUUUAUGAAAUUUCAAAUUUCCAGGCAUCUUUUUUAAUUUUUCUUGCCCUAAAAAGUCAUAUAUUCCGAAUACCUAAAAGUAUAUUGAAAUCUGUAGAAACUGUUCUUCAUUGAUUCGUUCACCAAUGAAAAACAUUUAAUUCAUAUCUCUGAUUGACUCGAUGGUGCAGUAGUUAAUGCUCCUGACUGUAACGCCGAGGGUCGUGGGUUCGUAUCCCACGUCAGGCAAACAUUCGUUUGACGAACACUUUUGUUUGCUCUUUGUUAUUGUAUAUAUAUAUUAAACCUCUGGUACCCAUAACACAAGGCAUCCUAAUUAGGUGUCGGAUGACAGUGCGUGAUUUGUUCCCAGUUAUUUAUUAUUAUAUCGAUACAAAAAAUUGGCUAUCUCACUAAAAUAUUUAAGUACCUACCAUGACAUGGGGUAAAUUGGGAUCCUGGGGUAAAUUGGGACAAACCUGCGGAAGAUUCUCAAAGUACCUGUAGCACGGAAUCUACCUAAUUUUGUUUAUGUUAAUAUUUAUCAAUGUAUAGAAGAAAAACCAAGUUAACUAUGGAAGUACUAAAUAUGAGUUAAGUUGGUCCCAAAAAUUCGUCAAAUUAAAUUGAAAAUAGUGGUUGAAAAGUGCGUUUUAAAACAGCUUAAAGAACUUUUAAAAAAAGUAAUAUUAUCGUUGUUUUUUCAAUAAGAUCACAGUUUAUAUAAGUUUUUAAUACACCUGGAAAUACCACAACAAACGGUAAGUUGCAAUAUUCUUAUUUUAAAUACAAUAUUUCGACAAAAUAAAAAAUGUAUAUUUUUUCCUUUCUUUUUGGGGAAAAUUGGGACGUAUGUAGGGUAAUUGGGAACGAGACUGGAAAAAUGAGGGACGAGAAAACACAAAAUUGGAACGCCAAAAGACAAAAUAGGGAUGGCUUGUUAGGGUUGUCACUGAUAUCUUAUAAUAGAUUUUUUAGCCUAUACUAUCACUUAAUUGCGUGAUGUAAAGAAGGUUAAUGUGUUUAUCAGUUAGUUUAUGUAAGUAUUAUAGGUAAAAGAAAAGUAUAUAUAUAAUUCCUUUUUUUCGCGACAUUUACCUUGUAAUAUCUGCCCGGUCGUAUGUUCUUUAUAGCAAUAAAAAAAAUUAAAAGUUAAAAGAACUCAAACGAAUCAAAACUUUUGUUAUUUCAGAAUCUAUUCACGCGUCGAAUCAUGAUUUUGUUAACAUUCAAAACGCACACACAAAUAAAAACAGGCCUCAGAUUUUAAAUGUAACAUUAAUUAAAAAUCCGAGAUAUCCAAUUAUGAGUGAGUGAAUUAAUUGAGUUUAGUUAUUUAGCUUAGAAAGAAUUUCUUUUAUUUUUGUUAUUAUUGGCAGUAAUCAGAUAAAGCUGUUUUUUUAUCUUAUUCACCUGAUAUCUUACUCUUGCUCAAAGAUUAUUUUGAAAAUGUUGAUUAAAUAAAAUUGUAUUAUUGCAUUUCCAGUCCUUUUGUUUUCUAUUUUUUAUUCUAUUUUAUCAUUUUGUUUCAGAGUUGUGAUUUUUAAGGAAAUUAAAUAAUAAUUUUCUAAAAUAUAACAUGCACAUACUUUUUUUGAUCAUUGUAUUGUUGAUUAUCAUUCACGUCACAUCGCUUCGGAAUAGAAACCAGCUUAAUUUACACUAUGUUGUGUAUUGUGCUUAAAUUAUGGAUUGUAUUCAUCAUUUCGGUCCAUAUAAAUAAUUAUAUGGCACCUACCUAUAUAUCGCAGUACUGCGAGUUGACAACCCUUACAAAUAUCCCAAUUUAACCCUUAACCGUGUCAAUUUACCCCGGACGCUGGGUAAAUUGGGACGACCAUUAUAUUACCGAUUAUUUCUUUAAAAUUAAUAAUUAAAAUUAUGUUACGGUUUUCAUCACCUAGGUACGUUCAAGACUCAACUUAUUUCUUUGGUUGAGCAGUGACUAUUUAAUUGGAACUAUUUUAAAAUUCAAUCUGUAGGUCGAUUUUGUCCCUAUUUACCCCAUUGUACGGUAUUUAUUUUUUAUUUUUUAUGACAGUAUUACAUUGAAUGUUGGUUUGAAAUACGAAUUUUAGGGGAAAAAGUUCAUGAAGCCACAACGAUCUUAUUUUAAAAACACGGACAACAAGUUACGUUUCAUGAGCUGAUAUUUACGUCAACUGCCAUGUGACGCCACGCUGUGGCUAAUUUAGGAAAUGAGUUGCUUUACGGGUAGUAGUAAAACACUUCAUUUUCGCGAUUAAAACUACUUCUUUAGUUUAUUCUCGGGUUUAUUAUUCUCCUUUCAAGUAAACACAAACCCAAAUACGAGAAAUGUAAGUUAAAUGUGGUUUAAAGGAAUAGAAACGUAGACAAUUUUUUUUAUAUAUUUCAAGACUGUAGUUGGCGAACUAUUCAAAUAUCGAUAAAUACCGCCUCAAUUAUCUGUCACCACUCUAGGAAAUCAUUAAAUUCAAAUAAUAAAUGCGAGAUUAAAUUUCGAAAGUAGUUUUAUACAGUUUGCCACUCGUGAAAACCAACUAAACACUAUAUUUGGUCCAAUCAGCUUUUUAACAUAUUACAAGGACUUCCUUCUCGGCUCUCUUAAAGCAUAUUUUACAUUCCCUAAGUAAGAAUAGACAAGCGCCAGUUCACAUUAACGCUACAAGGUAAAACAUUAUCCUGAGUUAUAAUAUACUUAAAUAACGGAAACGAAUUUUCGAGUCAGGAACAAUUAUUGCGCUUAGACCCGAAUAUUCUUUAACCCAAACAAAACUACUGACUCCGACCGGGAAUCAAAUCAGAAUCCCAUGGUCUACAGCCUUCAAGAUAACUAAUCAUUAGAUAAAGAAUAAAAUGUUAUUGUUAUAAUCUGGAAUUGUUUUUUCAAACAAGAUUAUUUAUUGGAACGAAGUUCCUUAUCGCGCGUUGUGAAAGGGAGCUAGACGGAAAAAAUUCUUACGAAAAGUUGUCACGACACUUUUUAGAUCCAUCAUUCUGACCAAUCAACGUGUAGGCGCUUAUCGCAUGACAUUGCUCGUAUCCGAUUGGUCCGCGUAAUGAGUACAGUUUCUCGAGAUAGCGUUUCAACAAUAGUAAUUUAGUUCAUAGUAUUGUUUUUUUCUUCUUCAUAAUGCCGUAAUUUAUUAUUAUAACUUAAAAAAAAAUUACAAUUCCUUCACUAAUUAAUCGAAAGGAACUUUGUUCCAUCCGGGUGUCCCUUGACACCUCUGAAGUUUUUUAUGUAUGAACCUAUCAAAUUCUAAAACGAUUGUUUUCGGAAAUACUGUACAUAUUUAAAGUAAUUUUUUUUAUUUUUUUUUAUUGAUGUGACCUAAAGUGUAUCUAGCAUAAAAUGCGAAAUGAAAAUUGUGAACAACAAAUUUCAAUUAAAGAGACAUACAAAGAA